CCGUCCCUCUUCUCUAUGAUCUCAGCUCACUUCCGCUCCGGCCCCUCUGAGCACGGGGGAGGCUUCUCUAUGGCAGCCUCCCCCGGAAGUGACGCGAUCAGCGCGGCGGCCGCCGGAAGUGCUCCCUCGAGGUGCUUCCGGGCGGCUGGGGCUGGCGGCGGCGGUUCCGGAGGGGACCGGGAGGUGUCUGCAGAGCUCGCUGCCGUCCCCGCCGGCGUCCCCGCUGCCCACCGGCGUCCCUGCUCCCUGCCGGCGUCCCCUGGCCCGGCCAUGGCGGAGGCGGUGCACUACAUCCACCUGCAGAACUUCAGCAAGUCGCUGCUGGAGACCCUCAACGGGCAGCGCCUGGGCGGCCACUUCUGCGACGUGACGGUGCGCAUCCGGGAGGCCACGCUGCGGGCCCACCGCUGCGUGCUGGCCGCCGGCAGCCCCUUCUUCCAUGACAAGCUGCUGCUGGGCCACUCGGCCAUCGAGGUGCCGCCCGUGGUGCCCAGCGGCGCCGUGCGCCAGCUCGUCGAGUUCAUGUACAGCGGCUGCCUCGUGGUGGCCCAGUCCGAGGCGCUGCAGAUCCUCACCGCCGCCUCCAUCCUCCAGAUCAAGACGGUCAUCGACGAGUGCACCCAGAUCAUCUCGCAGGGCCGCGGCCCCAAGGCGCUGCCCGCCGCCCGCCCGCCCGCGCCGCCCGCCGAGGCCCCGGCGGAGGCCGAGGUGCCCGGGGGGGCCCAGGCGCGCGACAAGCUGCGGGAGCUGCUGGCGGCGGCGCAGCGCGAUGCCGACGGGCGCUUCGGGCCGCCCGAGCCGGCGCCCAGCUGCCACAGCCGCAAGCAGCGCCAGCCGCUGCGGCUCCAGCUGCCCGUCAAGGAGGAGGAGGAGGGCAGCGGCGGCGGCGAGGAAGGCUUCGCCCCGGCGCCCUUCGCCGCCGCCACCGAGGAGCCGCCGUUCUUCGGGGCGCCCGAGGUCUUCGCUGAGGCCUUCCUGCCGCCCUGGCCCGCCGAGGACGGGGCCAAGUUCGGGCCCGACUGCAGCCUGGAGGCGGCGGGCCGGGCGUUGGCCUUCGGGAAGGCGCCGGCGGGCGCCGAGGCCUUCGCCUUCGCCCCGGUGCAGCCGCCGCCGCCGUUCUACGAGGCCGGGGCCGAGGCGGGGCUGAGCCCCGGAGCCCCCGCGGCCCCUGCUGCCCCCCGGCCCGGCCCCUCGCGCUGCCCCGAGCUCUCCUACCAGUGCGGCCACUGCCAGAAGACCUUCAGCUCCCGCAAGAACUACACCAAGCACAUGUUCAUCCACUCCGGCGAGAAGCCCCACCAGUGCUCGAUCUGCUGGCGCUCCUUCUCGCUGCGCGACUACCUGCUGAAGCACAUGGUGACGCACACGGGCGUGCGCGCCUUCCAGUGUGGCGUCUGCUGCAAGCGCUUCACCCAGAAGAGCUCCCUCAACGUCCACAUGCGCACCCACCGCCCCGAGCGCUUCCAGUGCCGCCUCUGCACCAAGGGCUUCUCCCACCGCACCCUCCUGGAGCGCCACGCCGCCGCCAGCCACCCCGCGCCGCCCCCGCCGCCGCCCGCCGAUGCCUGGCAGCCCGAGCCGCCGCCGCCCCCGCCGCCCGCCGAGGCCGGCCUGGCUGCGUGGCAGGGUGCCGAAGCCGGCCCGGCGUGACGGCACUGCCGGCGGCCCGGGUGCCCCCGCGGGUUGGGUGACGGGCGCCGCGUGCGUGUGCGCUCGGCGGGCUCUGAGAAAUCAACACGGACGUUUUAAGGAAA